UCUUCAUGAAGCGCAGUUGAAUAUCUGAAGUUGCUAUCUUUCAAUUUAAACACAAAAUGAAUAAUUCACAAAGGUCCAUGCCUCUUUUUUUAGGGAUAUAUAUUUUCUCAAUGCUGUGGAAACUGACCUAUAUGCAAGUCGAUUUGGCCUUAGGGGGAAAAGCAACACAAUCUUCUUCAUACUUUUUCUAUGCUGCAUCCUAUGCUAUUGAUAGCAACAAAGAAACUAAUGCAUAUUCCCACCCAUGUGCAAGCACAAAUCUUGAGAAUAGCCCAUGGUGGAGGGUGGAUUUGUUGGCGGUGUACGACAUUAGCAAUGUAAUCAUCACUAACAGAGGUGACUGCUGUCCAGAACGGAUAAAUGGUGCUGAGAUCCACAUUGGCAACUCAUUAAUCAACAAUGGCAACAAUAACCCGAGGUGUGUUGUUAUCUCAAGCAUCCCUGCUGGUGCCUCUGUAAGCUACACUUGUAAUAUGCAGGGUCGUUAUGUGAACGUCAUCAUUCCUGGUCCUAGCCACUUUCUCACACUCUGUGAAGUGGAAGUCUAUGGUGUUCAAGUCCCUGUUACUAAGAAGGCAUUUCUUAGAUUAAAGUUUAACAGCAGUCAGGAUCUCAGCAACCCUAUCAUGAGGGACAAAGUUCUUCAAAAGGUGUGUGUUUGUGAGAAUGUACACUCAGUUGUCAGUUUAUAA